AUGAAGGUUCUUGCAGUACUAUGGACGGUAUGUCUAGUGGGACUCUGCCGCUGUGGAGAUGAUGAUGGCGCUAAAGGAGCAUUAAAGGGGGCCUUUACAGAAACUCCCGAGGGUCUUUCUCCUGCUGAGACAACCGCGCCCGUUGGCCUUGAUAUUGCCAAACCUGAUGAUACAAACUUGGAUCUGCAUAUAAAGGACGGUAGUUGUUUUAAGUACAAGCUAUACCUUCCAAAGGAUGCCUUUUAUAUAUCUUCCGUUGUAGAAAAUGGAGCUCCCAUCUGGGAGGCUGAAGAGGAUGAAAAGUGUGAAAUCGUAGGAUCGUUUGAGAAGGAAGACUACGUCCUCGUAACCGUAUUUUUAAGUGGUGGUAAUAACGAUCAGUCCAGGUACUUUGUGAAAACUGGUGGGCAGUGGAAGGAGCUAAAGAAGGAGGAAUUGGACAAGAAGAUAGAGGAGAUGAUAAAGUAUAUCGCUAGUCCAGCUCAAGCUUCUCAGUAG